ACAAACUUGAUCAGCCUUCAUCUACGAGUCGCACUGCCCAUGCGCAACCGUUUGACGCCUGUGCUGUUGAGAUCCUAUUGUGUUAAAAUAAACACACAAACAGACCUUCAGUGCAAUAUGUGGGUUGCGCUGAAAAAGGAUUAAGGCAAUCGGCCAUAUUUCCCGUGUAUUAACAGGUCCAGAGAGCAUGGAUUUCUUCUUCCUGCCUUCGUGGGUAGUUGUUGUGUUGGUUGUAGCCGUCCUGACCAUCAUCUACCUACACUACAGCUGGGACAACAGGCGUAAGUUUGGCCUCCCAGGACCAACCCCUUUACCCCUGCUGGGGCAUAUGGUAGACCUGAUGAAAAACGGUCUUUGUGACUUCGAUCUAAAUGUCACUAAGACCUAUGGUAACACGGUCGCCCUGUCUUCGGGGAUGUUUUUUAACUUCCUUGGGGAUAUUAUGAUCACAGACCCGGAAAUGUUAAAGGAGGUGAUGGUGAAACAGGCCAGCGUCUUCACUGACAGGAAUACAGAUCCGGACAUAGAAAUAUCGCCAGUGGACAAGUCGGUCUUUGCAGUUAGAGGUGAACAGUGGAAACAGAUGCGAAGUACGUUGACUCCAACGUUCAGUUCCGGGAAGCUUCGACACAUGGAGGCAAUGAUUCUUAAGUGCGCCAACACCCUGAUUGAAAACUUGAAGAAGAAAGCCAAAGCUGGAGAGAGCUUCGACAAUAAAAUCUGGGGCUGGUUCACAAUGGACGUGAUAUGCACUACAGCUUUUGGAGUCGAGGUUGACUCGCUGAACAACCCUAACCACCCCUUCGUAAAAAAUGCAGAAAAAGCUAAUAAUAUCAGUUUGGCAGAUCCUGUCGUCUUCCUCAUGUUUUUUGCACCUCGCUUGGUAAAAAAGCUGUCACCCAUUCUUCGGCACGUUCCUGGAUUCCGUGGGGUAUUAGGCUCAUUCCAAUUUUUUGGGGAAACCACAAAAGCUCUUCUGGAUGUGAGAAAGCAAGCCCAGGAAGGACACUACAACGAUUUUCUGCAGUUGAUGUUGACUGCGCACACCAUGUCCACGUCUGAUCUGGGUGAUGACGAGAAAGAGGUGGCAAAAUGGAAGAAAAAGGCCCUGACGACGGACGAAAUUGCAGGCAACGGGAUAAUUUUCUUCAUUGCAGGUUUUGGAACUGCAAAUGACACUUUAGGGUUCACAACCUAUCUCCUAGCCACCCAUCCUGAGAUACAGCAGCGACUAAUACAGGAGAUUGAUGAUGUGCUGCAAGGUGCCGAACCCACUUACGACACUGUGUCAAAGCUGGGCUAUCUGGAGCAGGUUCUGAAUGAGUCGAUGAGGCUUUAUCCUGUUGGCAUUCGUGUAGACCGUGUGGCCAACCAAGACACCACCGUGAACGGCUUAUUCAUACCCAAGGGGACAGCCGUGGCAAUUCCGAUCUACGCCAUCCACAUGGAUCCUGAAAAGUACCCGGACCCUGAGAAGUUCGACCCAGAGCGAUUCACGCCAGAGGAGAAAGCAAAACGCAACCCCUACUGGUACAUGCCCUUCGGUGUGGGGCCCCGCAACUGUAUUGGUAUGCGCUUGGCCCUGCUCGAGAUGAAGAUUAUCAUUGUGAAGGUCCUGCAGAACUUCACGUUGAAGACGUGUGCGGAGACACAGGUUCCUCUGGUGCUCUCCAAGUCAAAUCCAAUGAAACCUGAAAAGCCAAUAAUUUUAAAAGUUGAGGAAAGAUUUGUGUAAAAUACCGCCUUGGCAGUAAUGUCAUCAUUUGGACAUUGCAAAUAUUUUCAUUAUUUGGCUUAUACAUUUAAACCAAGGAUUAUAUGUUGAUUUUAAUUUUUCCUUCUGAGUUCAGUAUUCUAUAAAUAAAUAGUAAUAGGCCUAGUUGUAAAUUUUUAUAUAAAAGUGACAAAGCUUUUUCUGAUACAAAGACAAGUUAAAAGGAUUCUAUUUAAAGGAUCUGUGAAAAACUGUUUCAGGUAAUUAUGACGUAUUUUGCUGGAUUUGGUGAACUAAUAUGGAAAGGUCAUUUUUACCAAGUUCUACUUUAUUCAUCAAAAUACUAAUGACAAUCAUAGUCUAACUUAGAUAGAUAUUUUCAUAAUCAUAAUGUUUUUCUGUGAUAUAAUGUAAAAUCGUGUUUUUGUACUUUUUUGGUUGAAUUCUUAAAUUUUAGUAUUUUCAUUUUUUAAAAAAUAUGCAUUUGUGAUAAAACAAAGAAAAAGAAAGUUUUCAUAGGUAUUGCUAUGUUCUGUUUAACAAGAUUAUGUGUUAUUGCACUCGGCUAUCAAUUACUUUCACAGUGCAUUGUCGAGUUUAUUAUACAAGUAUUACGUCAGUAUUGCCAAAGAAGUAACAUAUUAAUUUCCUAGCUUUGGUAAUUUGCAUGUAACCAAGAGUGAUAUACAUGUAACCAAGAGUGAUAUACAUGUAACCAAGAGUGAUAUACAUGUAACCAAGAGUGAUAUACAUGUAACCAAGAGUGAUAUGUAUGUAAAGGUUUAUAUAAUUUUACAUAUAUAUUCUCACUUUUGUUAUCAAAAGUAAUUCAUUUAAGA